CGCAAAUUUUAUGCGGACCUGAAAACUUUCCUGUCCUUACGAAACAGUGUGCAGUGGAAAUUAACACAACAAGAACUGAGCUUAUUGUCCAGACAUUUCAAGACAGAAUCUUUAUUAUUGUCACCCAAUUCAGCAAGAUUGGCACACUGCCAAUUACCCAUGUGAUUGCCAGGAACCUUGUGACUGAAGUGCCGUUAACCAAACCCAUUCUUCUGUCUGUUGCACUGAAGGAUUCAUCACCCAAAACCGUGAAAACCCUUGCCAAGAUUCUCCCAUCACUUUUGUAGUUCUUACAAGAAACAAACUGUACAAGAAUCAAUCUGUGACAUUCUACAAAUAAGGCUUUUGCGUUUCCUAUCGUAGGGAAUUAAUAUUUGUGUUCACUAAUUCUAAGCAUAUUAAAAGGCAUUAGUUAAAAGUGCAAACAUGGACGAAAUUGGUGUGUCAUUUGGUGUUCAAACAUUUAUUGAUGAAAUUGUGGAAGGACUUGCUAUUAAUGCAGAUGUUGGUGGAAAGUCGGUGAAUGUGACCGGUAGAUUGUCCGAACAUGAUAUUGAUGAUUGCAUCGCUAAACUUGUAGACCCUCAAACCAAGAAGGAGCUGACCAUUAACACAUCCCUUAUUGAGCCAUUUGGAGCAAGGUUAGGUUCUCUGUUUCAAAUGAUUGGAGAGCUGGAGACCAGUGGAAGCGGGGAUUUCAGGACCAGUGGAAGUGGAGAUUUCAGGACCAAGGUGGGUAACUGUGUCGUUUUGAAAGCCCGUGUGGUGCGGUGUGUGGAUGGGAUGGACCUGGCAUUGUACAGGAAAGCACUGCAGCUUCAGAGGGAAUUUCUCAGCAAGAAAGAUGGAUGAGAGAGCAUUGGAAAUUCAUCACUUUGACACCUGAUUUUGUGAUAGUUGAUACGUUGUAACAUGCGAUAUGUUUCAUGCAUGUUCCCUUUUAUAUUCUUAUAAAAUGUGCAUGUACAGUUUGUCAGUGAAAAGUCUCUUAUUUGAGGUUAAACCAGGAUUGAUAAAAUGCUAGAGUUAUGGACAGUCUUGAGUUAUAAAGAUAUAUGUUCUGAGAAGAAAGUAAUUAAAAUAUUAAACCAUCA